AUGACCAAGACCACGACUUGCGAUUCCAUUCAGAAUUACUACAAGAUCUCAAUGGAAGACUUUGCAAAGUGGAACCCAGCUGUUGGCUCGAAAUGUACGGGUCUCUGGGCUAACUACAAUGUCUGCGUUGGUGUAAUUGGCGGUACCCCGACCAAGCCCAGCACUGGUGUCAAGACGCCGUCGCCCAUCCAGGCAGGUAUGGUAAGCAACUGUAAGAAGUUUCAUCCAGUUGCCUCUACGACAACAUGCGACUCGAUUCAGAAGUACUACAAGAUCACCAUGGCCCAAUUAGUCAAGUGGAAUCCGGCGAUUGGGGCUAAAUGCACAGGGCUUUGGGCCAAGUAUUACGUAUGUGUCGGUGUCUAG